CUUGCCCAGGACACCGAGCACCCUUCAGCACGCUGUUGCUCAGCCCUGCACUCCUCCUUCAGUGCACUGCUCUGUGAUGGCCCUUGGAAUUAUGCUCUUCCUGAGUGUUCUGGCUUCUUAUCGUGGAUUCAACCUGGAUGUGGAAGAGCCCAUGGUCUUCCGAGAGGACGCAGCUGGCUUUGGACAGACCAUGGUCCCUUUCGGCCGAUCUAGACUCAUUGUGGGAGCCCCCCUGGAAGUGGUGGCAGUCAACCAAACGGGACGGUUGUAUAGCUGCGAUGCUGCCUCUAGCCUAUGUCAGCCCAUUUCACUGCACACCCCACUACAGGCUGGGAACAUGUCCCUGGGCCUGUCCCUAGCAGCCUCGAUCAACCACUCCUGGCUGUUGGCCUGUGGCCCGACCAUGCAAAGAGCCUGUGGGGAGAACAUGUAUGUAGAAGGUUCCUGCCUCCUGUUGGGCUCCCAGCUGCAGAUUAUCCAGAGAGUCCCCGCUGUCCAACCAGAGUGUCCAAAUCAAGAGAUGGAUAUUGUCUUCCUGAUUGAUGGCUCUGGCAGCAUUGACCACAGUGACUUUAAGCAGAUGAAAGACUUUGUCAGAGCUGUGAUGGGCCAGUUUGAGGGCACUAACACCCUGUUCUCACUGAUGCAGUACUCGAACCUCCUGGAGACCCACUUCACCUUCACCAAAUUCCAGACCAGCUCGAGCCUUCAGAGCCUGGUGGAUCCCAUCAUCCAACUGAAAGGACUGACGUUUACAGCCACAGGCAUCCUGACAGUGGUGAAAGAACUAUUUCAUAGUAAGAAUGGAGCCCGCAAAAGUGCCAAGAAGAUCCUCAUUGUUAUCACAGAUGGACAGAAAUACAAAGACCCCCUGGAGUACAGUGAUGUCAUCCCCCAGGCUGAGAAAGCCGGGAUUAUUCGCUAUGCCAUUGGGGUGGGUGAUGCCUUCCAGGAGCCCACUGCCAAGCAGGAGCUGAACAUGAUUGGCUCAUCACCCUUGCAGGACCAUGUGUUCAAGGUGGACAACUUUGCAGCACUUGGCAGCAUCCAGAAGCAGCUGCAGGAGAAAAUCUUUGCAGUUGAAGGAACCCAGUCGAGGACAAGUAGCUCUUUCCAGCAUGAGAUGUCACAAGAAGGCUUCAGUUCAGUACUCACAACGGAUGGACCAGUUCUGGGGGCUGUGGGGAGCUUCAGCUGGUCUGGAGGUGCCUUUGUGUACCCCCCAAAUGUGAGCCCCACAUUCAUCAACAUGUCUCAGGAGAAUGUGGACAUGAGGGACUCUUACCUGGGUUACUCCAUUGAGCUGGCCCUUUGGAAGGGGGUGCAGAGCUUGGUCCUGGGGGCCCCCCGCCAUCAGCACACCGGGAAGGCUGUCAUCUUUACCCGAAUGUCCGGGAAAUGGAGGCCGAUGGCUGAAGUCACAGGGACCCAGAUUGGCUCUUACUUUGGGGCCUCCCUGUGCUCCGUGGACAUGGACAGAGAUGGCAGCUCUGACCUGGUCCUCAUUGGGGCUCCCCAUUACUAUGAGCCGACCCGGGGGGGCCAGGUGUCUGUGUGCUCCUUGCCUCGGGGGAGAGCUAGAUGGCAGUGUGAGGGCAUUCUCCGUGGGGAGCAGGGCCACCCCUGGGGUCGCUUCGGGACAGCCCUGACUGUGCUGGGGGACGUGAAUGGGGACAAGCUGGCAGAUGUGGCCAUCGGGGCCCCGGGAGAACAGGAGAACCAGGGAGCUGUCUACCUGUUUCAUGGGACCUCAGGACUGGGCAUCAGCCCCUCCCACAGCCAGAGGAUCACGGGAUCCCAGUUCUCCCCCAGACUCCAGCAUUUUGGACAGUCACUGAGUGGCGGUCAAGAUCUCACCCUAGAUGGACUUGUGGACCUGGCCGUGGGGGCCCAGGGGCAUGCACUGCUGCUCAGGACCAGACCUGUGCUGAGGGUGUGGGUCAACAUCUACAUAACACCUGCAGAGAUUGCUAGGUCUGUGUAUGAGUGUCAGGAGCACCCAUCCUCUGUCCAGGAACUGGGGGAUGCCAAUGUCUGCCUUCACAUUUAUGAACGUCCCAAGAACCAGCUGGGUGACCUCCAAAGCACUGUGACCCUUCACUUGACCCUGGAUCCUGGUCAUGUGAAUCCCCGUGCCAUUUUCAAGGAGACAAGAAAUCGAAGUCUCACUCAUGUCAGAGUUCUUGGGCUUGGACGGCAUUGUGAGGAUGUGAAGUUGCUCCUUCCGGCUUGUGUGGAAGACUCAGUGACCCCCAUCAGCUUGGGUCUCAAUUUCUCCCUGGUGGGCAACCCCAUCUCUUCCUUUGGAGACCUCCAACCUAUGCUGGCUACGGAUGUCCCCAGAUACUACACGGCCUCUCUCCCCUUUGAGAAGAACUGUGGAGCUGACCACAUCUGCCAAGAUGACCUGGGCAUCUCCUUUGGUUUCUCAGGCUUGAAGACCCUGGUGGUGGGGAGUAACCUAGAGCUGAACAUGGAAGUGAAAGUGUGGAAUGAAGGGGAGGACUCCUAUGGAACCACAGUCACCUUCUCCUACCCACCGGGGCUGUCUUUUCGACGUGUGGCAGGGAGCCAGAGCCAGCUGCAGUCACGCUCCCUGCACCUGACCUGUGACAGCGCCCCAGCCAGAGGCCAGGACAGCUGGAGCACCCACUGCAGCAUCAAACACCUUAUCUUCCGUGAGGGGACUCAGAUCACCUUCAUAGCCACCUUUGACGUCUCCCCCAAGGCCAUGCUGGGAGACCGCCUGCUUCUAAUGGCCAAUGUGAGCAGUGAGAAUAACACCCCCAGGACCAGCAAGACCACCUUCCAGCAGGAGCUCCCGGUGAAGUAUGCUGUCUACACUGUGAUCAGCAGCCAUGAGGAAUCCACCAAGUACCUCAACUUCUCUGCCUCUGAGGAGCAGGGAAGCAGCCUGGCCCAGCACAGAUACCAGGUGAACAACCUGGGACAGAGGGACCUGCCUGUCAGCAUCAGCUUCUUGGUGCCUGUGGAGCUGAACCAGGUGACUGUGUGGACAGGGCUGAAGAUCCUCCACCCCCAGAACCCAUCUAUUCAGUGUUCUGCAGAGAGAAUGGUGCCCACGGAGUCCAACUUCCUCACCCACAUUCAGAAGAAUCAUGUGCUGGACUGCUCCAUUGCUGAGUGUCUGAGGUUCCACUGUGACAUCCCCUCCUUUGGCAUCCAGGAGGAGCUUGACUUCAUCCUGAAGGGCAACCUCAGCUUCAGCUGGGUCAGCCAGACAUUGCAGAAGAAGGUAUCGGUCGUGAGUGUGGCUGAAAUCACGUUCAGCAGAUCUGUGUAUUCCCAGCUUCCAGGACAGGAGGCGUUUCUGAGAGCCCAGAUGGAGAUGGUGCUAGAGGAGUAUGAGGUUUAUGAUCCCAUCCCCCUCAUUGUGGGCAGCUCUGUGGGAGGACUGCUGCUACUGGCUCUCAUCACAGCAACACUCUACAAGCUUGGAUUCUUCAAACGUCAGUACAAAGAAAUGCUGGAUGACAAGCCUGAAGACAGUGCCACAUUCAGUGGGGACACCCCAAAUUUGCCUUUGUCCUAAUAAUCUACUUCCCUGUUUAUCUCUAACCCUGUGGGCUGGUCUUGCCUUAGGCUAUGUAUCUACUUCUGUGGGAAUAACAUCUGCACAGAUCUGGACUAGCCCGAGCAACUUACAAGGUGCUACAUUACCUUCCCAGGGCCUUCAAAGACUUUUGUGUUUUUACAUAUCUGCCAAACUUCUUCAGUGACAACCCACUUUUUACCGGAGCAGGCAUGAUGCCAGCAUAAAUUUUCUUAUGUAUGAGAAUUGUCACAUUAAACAAGGAUGUUUAUGG